AUGUCCCUGGUUUCUGGUCCCGGCAGGGCUCCUAACACGCUAUCCGACCAAAAGCUUUGCAUCGAGAAGCAUGUUGAAUAUAUCAAGAAAUUGGAUAGCCGGAAAGAUGAGUUAGAAUACUGGCUCACGGAGCAUCUGCGACUAAAUGGGGUUUAUUGGGGUUUGACUGCGUUGCACCUCUUGGGACAUCCCGACGGCUUACCCCGCGAAGACGCCAUCAACUUUGUGCUCUCAUGCCAACGGGAUAAUGGUGGCUUUGGUGCUGCUCCGGGCCAUGAUGCACAUAUACUGUACACGGUCUCGGCCGUGCAGAUUCUUGUGACCUUGGACGCCGUUGAUGAGCUGGAAAAGCGUGGGUUAGGCGGCAAGCGGAAAGUCGGUUCCUUCAUCGCAGGGCUACAGGACAAGGAAACCGGCUCUUUCAUGGGUGACGAAUGGGGAGAGCUAGACACGAGGUUCCUUUAUGGGGCUUUCAAUGCCCUGUCCCUUCUGAAUCUGCUAGACUUAGUGGACGUCGACAAAGCUGUUUCGUACGUCCAGCAGUGCGAAAACUUGGAUGGCGGAUAUGGGGUUUCUCCAGGGGCUGAGUCGCAUGCCGGUCAGGUCUUUACUUGCGUUGGGGCACUGGCUAUCGCAGGACGGUUGGAUCUCAUCGACAAAGACCGCCUAGGAGGAUGGCUUAGCGAGAGACAAGUCGAUAACGGAGGAUUGAAUGGGCGCCCAGAGAAACUCGAGGAUGCUUGUUACAGCUGGUGGGUCGGAGCGAGUUUAGCCAUGAUUGACAAGCUCCAUUGGGUCGAUGGCUCCAAACUCGCUGCUUCUCUUCUACGCUGUCAGGAUCCAGAGGCUGGUGGCUUCGCUGAUCGCCCUGGUCAUGCUGUUGACGUCUUUCAUACCCACUUCGCUCUUGCUGGCUUGAGCCUGCUAAAGUAUGAAGGUGUCGGCGAAAUAGAUCCCGUCUAUUGUCUGCCGAGAUCCAUCACAAAAAAGGUCCUAUCAACAUAA